UAAUAUUCAUAAACAAUCUUUUACUUAAUUGCAGAUUAUUUCUUCACUGGACUGAACUGAGUUGAAUUGUGCUGACUAUAUAGGAAGAGCCAUCACAUAUCAAAAUGUCGCGCAAAUCGCUAAAUGUACGCGUCACCACCAUGGACGCCGAGCUGGAGUUUGCCAUACAACACACGACCACCGGCAAACAGCUCUUCGACCAGGUCGUCAAAACGAUCGGUUUGCGCGAGGUCUGGUUCUUUGGCCUGCAAUACACCGACUCAAAGGGUGAUUUAACAUGGAUUAAACUUUACAAAAAGGUAAGAAGUUCAACUGAAGUCAUUUUAAAAAUAGUUUUAUUAUUAUUUUUUUUUUUUACAUAUUUUUGCUAUUUGAUUUCGAAUUACGAAACUCUUUGUUAUAAUUAGGGAAUUCACAAGACG